AUGAAGCGACUUGAGUGUGGAGUGGCCUACGAAGACGACUCGACGCAAGUUAGUGACUCGGAUGAUUCUAGCGACGAAGACAUGACGAUGACACCGUGGCAGCAAAUGACACAAACGUUCGGUAUGGGCAAAGCUACGCGACCCCAACGACGACGAUCAAGUGUUUCAUCGGUCUCUCAGAUCGAUAGACUAUCGGUAACACACAAGGGCCAGAAACCAGCGCCAAGAAGUCUCAAGCAGAUUAUCUCCGAGUAUUUCAUGCGUGGCAACAAAAAGGUGCAGCCUACCAAACUCACAGAUGAACUCUUGAUGGCCGAACAUAUCCGAUUGAUGGAAGCAAAGCUCCAUUCUAUACGAUUGAACCGAUGCAAUUCAGGUUCGCCGACCGCAUCACUUGUGGAGUGUAGCCUUCGAGUUGUAUACGAACGAGCUCCUGAUAGUAUUCGCGCGUACGGUACAGUGGUGGCACAUGACAAAGUGGACUUCUUGCCAUCGGUGGAUGAACUAGAGCAGCAGCUAACGGACCUCGAGCGAUCACAACGCGUGCUCUUUGUUGGUCAAAAGGUUCAGGUUUCGUUAUAUCCGGGUAGUCGCUUUUCCGGCCAUGGACUCAUUACUUUGGAACGAGAGCAUCAAUCUCGUUUCCAUAUUUUGCUGGCCAACCGAAUUCGACUCGUGAAUGUUCCUGCAGACAUGAUCAGUCCUCUACGAGAGAAGAAGAAAGCUGCAGUUACCAUCACGGAAGACCAAUUUCUCGUUUGUAGUGGCAAGGUCAAAGUGUACAUUGGUGAUCAGAUCUACGUGAAAUGUUCGGCUGGAAAUGGUGAUCUCGACAGCACAAGCGAGGAAGAGAAACUUGGACAUCUGAAUGGAGUUUACUCGAACAAAACGGCAGCUGUAGACUUCGCUGACGGGUCUACUGGUUACGAGAUCCCUCCGCAUCUUAUCAGUAAACGCAAGCGCUUAAGUGUGCCUGCAGAUCAAGACGUGAGAUCUCUAAAGAAUGCUGUAUUAAUGCAAGCUUCGGCUGCUGCCCAUGGUGGAGGAAAAGCGUCGUUGCCAGUGCUGGAGGAAGGAUAUCAGGUUAAAGCGGAUCAUCCGAGUAAAGCCACUGUGGAGAGCUGUAUCGUGAUCAAAACGCACGCUUCUUCGGCGUGUGACCUCCGUUUUUCCGACGGUACUAUUGCCUUCGAGGUGUUCCCGUCACAAAUGAUUAUUGACAGUGUGGAGCAUCAGCGGAGACAAACAAAAACUACCACUGUAGUCACCAGUGAGAACUCGAAUCGAGCGCAUAAGGCGCCGAUUUAUGCGGUGGAAGACUACGUGCUUGCGUGGAGCUCGCGUUUUGCACGAUAUUGCUCGGCUAAGAUCGUUGCCAGGACUUCUCAAGACCCCAUUAAUGCAGAAUCUGGUGUCGAGUCGCCGGUAAAUUCGAACUCGACGUACAUGUACACGUUGGUGUUCGACUUUGGCGAGCAGAAAGCACAUAUCCCCCCCGACAAGAUCACCCGUUUGGAUGAUACUACAGCGCUGUCCCAUUCUCAGAGGCUUACGAACUACAGCAUUGAUACGAUGGGUUUUGAGUUGUCACCUGUGAUUUUCAUCGUCGGAGAGGCCGUUAUGGGCCGUGUGCACGGUACUACACGAUAUUUCAAUGGUAUCGUCGAAGCUGUGAACGAGAAGGAGCGCGUCUGUGCAGUGUGCUUCGACUCGUCUGAGCGAGAUACUGCUGUACCUUUCUCGGCCAUGUUUUCUGUCGAUUCCAGGCCACAUCUCAAAAGAAGAAGCUCUAGUACUAGACUAGUAGGCAGCGGUGGUAGCUCGUCAUCAGAGGCGGCAUCACGAGCACGACGCCUUGCACGCCAACACGCUACUGAAGAUGCAACCGUACCUUCGGAAGCAGCUAUACGACGACGACGGAACAGCAGUGGAUCGGUCGGAAACGUGCUCAAGUCAAUGGCCGGUAGCAUCCUCCAAUCUUCAAAGUCAAAACGGAACCUUAAUAGUCGCCGGGGCUCGCACAUGAUCACUGAAAUUGGAGCGCGUCUCCAGCUUGAAGAACAAUAG